AAUUAAUAAUAAUGUCUGACCCAAUCCCUCCUCCUGAUUCUGCCUACUUCUUUGGAUAUAUUGGAGUGGCAUCUGCAGUCGUUUUUGCAAGUAAUAUUAUAUUAAAUUUUGAGAUUUGGGAUCAUCGUAUGGUGCCACAAAAUCUGGAGUUGGAAUUUGUUCAAUGGGUGUAUUGAAACCAGAUUUAAUCAUGAAAUCUGUCAUCCCAGUUGUCAUGGCUGGUAUUUUGGGAAUUUACGGGAUGAUUGUUGGUGUUAUUUUACAAGGAAAAGGUAUUAAUUAUUUUAUAUAAAUUAAAUAGUGGCAAAUUGUUCAUCUGCACAAUAAGGAUAUGCAUAUUUAUCUGCUGGAUUAUGUUGUGGAUUGAGCUCAUUAGUAAGACUUAUUAAUUUUACAGAUUUUAGGCUGCAGGAUUAUCAAUUGGAAUAGUUGGUGAUGCAGGAGUCAGAGCUAAUGCAUAAUAAGACAGAAUUUUUGUAGGAAUGAUUUUGAUUUUGAUUUUUGCUGAAGCUUUGGCAUUAUAUGGGCUUAUUGUUUCCUUGAUUUUAUCAUAAACUUGAGAAUGAGUAUUAUAAUUAUUCAAACACACAAAUAUAAAGAUAAAUCCUAAUUAAAU